AUGGCAGAGCUGGGCAACUACAAGGGCGUGAUGCUCUGCAACAGACCCACGGCCUCGGACGCGAAGCUGAAGGAAGCUGCCGUGAGGCCCUUCCGUUCAGCGAUCCCAGCCACUGUCGGGGACGCUCUGGGCCUCUAUCGCAAGAAGGAGGCAAUGCCUGAGGUUAAAAGCCGAGGGCCCAGCGCGGCACUACGGAGACACUGCCGCUGGGUAAAGGAGCUGCAGCAUCAGGUUGCGCAGGAUGCGGCCGCGGCGGAGGAAGCGGAGCGUGGCAAGGAGCUGAAACAGCAGCGGAUGAAGGAGGUGUUUCGGCGGCAGCGCGAAGCGCUACGGCUCCUCAAGCUUGGUGAUGCACGUGCAGAGGAGCUCACCAGCGCCUUGAAUCCCAAGGCAAAGCUGAAGCCUCUCUGGGCCCUUACGGACGCCGAGCGAGAGGACCGGGAGGAGCAGAACGCCGGAGAACUGAUCGAUUUCGCUGAGGCCUUGGACUACGACGAGUACAUCCACGACCUCGAGUUCCGCGAAUGCCUGCAGGCCAUCACAGACCGCGCCAAAAAACUGCACCGCGAGCAGCAGAGCUUCAAGGAUUCCCUCCUGAAGGAGUUCCAGGGGGAGGACGCUGAAGAGGAGCCUUCGGUCCCGGGAUCUCCGGGCCGCGCUGGCAGCAUCGGAACCCCGGCUUCCCUGGACCGACCCGCGUGGGAUGCAGCGCCCGUCUCGGCAGAGGCCUUGGCGGCAAAGCAGCUGACGGACCGCGCAUGGCAGGACGGCCAGCUGAAGGGUGUGCACUCCAAACAGUCUUUGCAGAAGCUGGCUGAGAGGGAGCUUCAUUGA